AUGCCAUCGUCCCUCUAUCUGGUUUUGUUGUUACUUGGGCUUCAUGUGACAACCUAUUGUGCAUCACCUAUCAUCUCAGAAGGCAAAGUAACCACCUGCCGUUACCCCCAACCAAAUGUCACUCUCUAUAAGAUGUCAUCCAACAAUGCUGACUUUGCAUUCAACCUGUACCGGAGGUUCACUGUGGAAAUCCCAAAUCAGAACAUCUUCUUUUCCCCUGUGAGCAUUUCUGCUGCUUUGGUCAUGCUCUCCUUUGGGGCCUCAUCCAGCACCCAAACUCAGGUCCUGGAAAGCUUGGGUUUCAACCUCACUGUUACUCCAGUGGCAGAGAUCCAGCAGGGCUUCCAGUACAUCAUCUGUUCAUUGAAUUUUCCAAAGAAGGAGCUGAAAUUGCACAUGGGAAAUGUUCUCUUCAUUGGGAAGCAGCUGAAACCACUCGCAAAAUUCUUGGAUGAUGUCAACAACCUUUAUGAGACUGAAGUCUUAUCUACCGACUUCUCCAAUAUUUCUGCAGCCAAGCAGGAGAUCAAUAGUCAUGUGGAGAAACAAACCAAAGGGAAAGUUGUGAACCUCAUCCAAGAUCUCAAACCACGCACCAUCAUGGUCCUGGUGAAUUAUAUUUGCUUUACAGCCCAGUGGGCAAAUCCUUUUGAUCCAUCUAAAACAGAAGAGGGUUCCAGCUUCUUUUUGGACAAGACCACCACAGUACAAGUGCCAAUGAUGCACCAGAUGGACCAAUACUAUCAUCUAGUGGAUACAGAUCUUAACUGCACAGUGGUGCAAAUGGACUUCAGUGAGAAAGCUCUGGCACUCUUUGUCCUUCCCAUAAAGAACAAUAUGGAGUGGGUGGAAAGAUCCAUGUCAUCUAAAACACUGAAAAAGUGGAACCGCUUACUCCAGAAAGGAUGGGUCGAUUUAUUUGUUCCAAAAGUUUCCAUUUCUGGCACAUAUGACCUCGGAGUCACCCUUAUGAAGAUGGGCAUCCAAGAUGCCUUUACUGAUCAUGCAGAUUUUCCUGGGCUUACAGAAGACAGUGGCCUGAAACUUUCCAAAGCUGCUCAUAAGGCAGUGCUGAACAUUGGUGAAGAGGGAACCGAAGGUGUACCUGUCCCUGAAGAAAGAUCCCUGGACCAGUCCGAGAUGACUCACCUUCACCAUAUCAUCCAAUUUAAUAGGCCCUUCAUUCUGCUGAUUUUGGAAAAAACAACCAGAAGUAUUCUUUUUCUAGGGAAAAUUGUAGACCCAAUGCAAGCAGCGUAG